AUGGCAGGGAAAGAACUUCCAAGCAGCCCGACCUUGAAGACACCAAAGGAGAUCCAGGCUCUGGGUGUACCCUUGCAUGUGGGAACAGGAUAUGGCUGCAGCUCAGACCCAGACAACAGUGGAGGAGACUCAAGGGAGCCAGAACUCAGAAUUGUCCUUGUGGGGAAAACAGGGGCUGGGAAAAGUGCAACAGGAAACACCCUCCUGGGCAGGAGAGAGUUUGAGUCCAAGGCUUCAGGAGGGUCAGUCACCAAGGUCUGCAGGAAAGCCAGGACCAGAUGGAAUGGGAGAGACAUUGCUGUUGUUGAUACUCCAGGCAUUUUUGACACUGAGACUGAAGAGAAAAACAAUUUGAAAGAAAUAGCUCGCUUCAUGACAGUAUCCUCUCCAGGCCCACAUGCUCUACUCCUGGUGUUGCGAGUGGGUCGUUUCACCCAGGAGGAGAAGGCAGCCAUUGAACAGCUUUAUCGUAUUCUUGGAGCAGAAGCAGUGAAGUUUCUCAUCAUUUUAUUCACUCGGAAGGAAGACCUGGGAGAAGAAAGUUUAGGGGAGUAUGUAAGAACCAUUGAUGACUCCUAUUUCAAGGAGUUGUUGGAGAAGUGUGAAAACCGAUGCUGUGCAUUUAACAAUUAUGCUAGUGGAGUCGAGAGAGAUGCCCAGGUUUCAGAGCUUAUGGCUAUGAUUGAGAAAAUGGUACAAAAUAAUGGGGGUACCCACUACACCAACAACACAUAUAAAUCUGUGGAAAGGUUUCUCCAAGAAGACAUAUUGGCUCGUCAGCAACGCAACAAGGAGCAGUUUGAUAGGGAGAGAGAAGAAUUAAGACGGAAAUAUGGGAAGAUGUUUGAAAAAUUCGAGAAGGAAAAGGAAACAUGGAAAGAGGAAAAGGAAAAGUAUAAGAAGGAAAAGGAAGAAUAUGAGAAGAAAUUGAAGGCUGCAGAGGAGCAGUAUGAGAAAAAACAGGAAAAUUCCCGAAUGGAGGCUGAGAAUGAUGAAAACGUACUUGUUAAAAUUAUAACCUUUAUUGUAAAAGUUAUUCUGUCAUGGUUUACUACCAGUUAG